GCGUUGUGUUGUGAUGAGAGAGGUCAUUGGAAAGUGAGCACAGAGCUACCUGGGCUGGUUCGGGGGACAGAAAGAUACUUUAUUGCUACCAGCUAUUCCAGUACCGGAGUAGAUCCAGCGGAAUUUAAAAGGUCUUUAGCGAACUAAACUAACCAAGACGAAAUGCUUCGUCUCGUCCUGCGGCUGAGGAAUUCUUCAGCGAUUCCCCGGUGCCGUGGUGCCCUACCUGGGCCUGCCCUGAGCUCUCGCACCUCUCCGGGACCUUGUCAUCUGAGGCUUUACCACGGUUUUGUCCGGUCAAGGGCUGUUUGCAAUGGAGGUAGUUUGAACACCGUGGUGUUCGCCAGCAGAACAGCCCCGCUGCCGUCCAGCGGCACCCAGCGCUUCUACAGCCUACCACCGCACCAGAAGGUGGAGCUGCCUGCUCUGUCCCCCACCAUGCAGACUGGAACCAUCGCUCGCUGGGAGAAGAAGGAGGGAGACAAGAUCAAUGAGGGAGACCUUAUCGCUGAGGUGGAGACUGACAAGGCCACGGUGGGGUUUGAGCUGUUGGAGGACUGUUACCUGGCCAAGAUCCUGGUAGCUGAAGGAACUGGAGUUUCCGUGGGCUCUGUCAUCUGCAUCACUGUCGACAGUGCUGAUCUGAUCCCAGCCUUUAAGGACCUGACGUUGGACAAGCUGGCUGCUAGCUCCGCCCCUUCUGCAGCUGCCCCUCCCCCCCCCACUACUGUCGCACCUGGCAGCUCCCUACCACCCCACAUGAAGGUGUGUCUGCCAGCCCUGUCGCCUACUAUGACCAUGGGGACAGUGCAGCGCUGGGAGAAGAAGGUUGGAGAGAAACUCAGUGAAGGAGAUCUACUGGCGGAGAUAGAGACCGACAAGGCUACCAUCGGGUUUGAGGUGCAGGAGGAGGGUUACCUGGCAAAGAUCAUGGUGUCUGAGGGAACGCGUGACGUUCCUCUGGGCGCUCCUCUCUGCAUCAUCGUGGAGAAGGAGAGUGACAUCGCUGCCUUCAGCGACUAUGUAGAGGCAGCGGGUACUGAUGUCUCCACCCCACCCCCUGCUCCUGCACCAGCACCGGUUGUAGCCCCCACUCCUGCAGCAGCUAGCCCAGCUCACGUGGCCCCGGCAACCCCAAGGAAAGGGCGUGUCUUUGCCAGUCCGCUAGCCAAGAAGCUCGCUGCAGAGAAGGGCAUUGACCUGGCUCAGGUCAGCGGCUCCGGUCCUGAUGGUAGAGUCACCAGGAAAGACAUUGAGACUUUCGUCCCCCCCAAGGCUGCCCCUGCUGCUCCUGUUGCUGCAGCUCCUCCUUCCCCGGCUAGCCACGCCCCUACACCUGCCCCGGGUGUUGCCACGCCAACAGGCACCUUCACUGACGUUCCUAUCAGCAACAUCCGCAGGGUGAUAGCCCAGAGGUUGAUGCAGUCUAAACAGACCAUUCCCCACUACUACCUGUCUGUUGACGUCAACAUGGACCAAGUCCUGGAACUACGCACGGAGCUCAAUGCUGAGGUAAAGGCCCAGAACAUCAAGCUGAGUGUGAAUGAUUUCAUCAUUAAAGCCAGCUCUCUGGCCUGCCUCAAGGUCCCGGAAGCCAACUCACAAUGGCUUGACUCUGUCAUCCGACAGAACCAUGUGGUGGACGUGAGUGUGGCGGUGAGUACACCCAACGGUCUGAUAACGCCCAUCGUGUUCAACGCCCACACCAAGGGACUGGCUGCUAUCAGCUCUGAUGUCUCAGCCCUGGCUGCCAAGGCCCGCGACGGGAAACUACAGCCACACGAGUUCCAGGGAGGCACGUUUACCAUCUCUAACCUGGGAAUGUUUGGUGUCAAGAACUUCUCAGCCAUCAUUAACCCUCCCCAGGCCUGUAUUCUGGCAGUAGGGGGCUCAGAGAAGAGACUGCUGCCCGCUGACAAUGAGAAAGGGUUUGACGUGGCCAGCAUGAUGUCGGUGACGUUAAGUUGUGACCAUCGCGUGGUGGACGGAGCAGUGGGAGCUCAGUGGCUCGCAGAGUUCAGGAAGUUCCUGGAGAAGCCUGUCACCAUGCUGCUCUGAUUGGAUAACACCCUCACCAGGCCACACUGGUUGGCUGGAGCUGUCGCCAAGCUGAUUGGUGGAAACCGUUCAUCAUGUUUCUGUGAUUGGCUGGCCCACCACAAGGACACUCCCCCUUAAAGGGGUGAGGCAGGACUCACUCCCCUCAGAAUAUAAGACACUUUUCCCUCUUCCUCUGUCUCUCGCCCUCCAUAACUGUUGACAUAGUUAUUGACAUAGUUACAGUUUAGUCCAGUGGCUGUGAUGUCACUACAACAUGUUGUUUAUAAAGGUAACUGUUACAAUUGGGAGAAGAUUGUGUUUAAAGUUUUAAAAAAAGAUGAGAUUGGAGCUAAGAGUACGUUAGCAAAGAGAGAGACCUGAAGAGACACACAGACAAACACACACACACUAGCCCAGCCCCUCUGAUCAGCCUGCUAUGUAGAACCAAUAUAGUCACACACUUGCCCAGCCCCUCUGACCAGCCCGCUAUGUAGAACCAGUAUAGUCACACACUUGCCCAGCCCCUCUGAUCAGCCUGCUAUGUAGAACCAGUGUUGUUUAUGUAAAUACAUUGACAGGAGGUCCACAUCUCUGCUGGUUGUCUUCUCUCCAUGGUAGGUAAUUGAGCGAUUGAUGAAUGUCACUGAUUGGCCAGAGUUCAAUCGCCUAUAGCAGGUCUGAAUCAGUCCCUGAUUACAGAGGAAAGAUGACAACUAGCCGUGCUGCUGACCUCCAGGUAUGGUGCUGAGAACAGCUGAUCUAUCUUGUGAUGCUCUAUGAUCAGCUGAUCUAUCUUGUGAUGCUCUAUGAUCAGCUGAUCUAGCUUGUAAUGCUCUAUGAUCAGCUGAUCUAGCUUGUGAUGCUCUAUGAUCAGCUGAUCUAGCUUGUGAUGCUCUAUGAUCAGCUGAUCUAGCUUGUGAUGCUCUAUGAUCAGCUGAUCUAUCUUGUAAUGCUCUAUGAUCAGCUGAGCUAUCUUGUAAUGCUCUAUGAUCAGCUGAGCUAUCUUGUAAUGCUCUAUGAUCAGCUGAUCUAUCUUGUAAUGCUCUAUGAUCAGCUGAUCUAUCUUGUAAUGCUCUAUGAUCAGCUGAUCUAUCUUGUAAUGCUCUAUGAUCAGCUGAUCUAGCUUGUGAUGCUCUUUGAUAGGGGUCUCCAACAGGUCCAUCUACCAGUAGCUACCAGCCCACCUAUGAGUAGUUCACCAAACAAUUCUGAAGUACAUGCAAUUGUCAGUAUCAGACACAGAAAGCUCCCAACUGCUAUCUAAACAACACAACGUUGACAUUAUCCCACCCCUGGUUAGCGACUAUUGGCUUCAAAAGCCAAACCUAACACAAUAUCUGGCAAUUAUUUUCCAGCAAUAUUGCCUCUGUCUGUGUGGUGUGCAUGUUUUUCUAUCACUCAGUGUGUAGCCAGUUGAUAUUUUAACCGUCUUGUGGUUUUACAGAAAUACUUUCGCCAAAACCUUCUCAAUUAAAUGUUAACUGCAAAGUAGGCUUACCUGGCAGAAGCAUAUCAUGAGUAAGUACGUAAUUUGCAUAUGUUAUUUGUUAACUCUGCCAUGAACUGAGCAGCAGCAGUCCAGAACCAUCACGAGAUCAGCACAUUAGAUGGGACAUUCCUCACUCCCCAGAUUCACAAUUAAAGGGCCAGAUGCACAAUUAAAGGGGAAUUACACCCCAAAAAGUCUAAAUUUGUUUGUUUUCUUCCAGAUGCCCAUAAAAUGGCUUUGUGUGAUUUAAGUAUUGACAUGGACUCAGAACAUCCAUUAUGACACCUCCACUGUGGGGCUCUAUAGGUCUUCUGAUGUGAUUUAAUGACAUUGACUCAGAACAUCCAUUAUGACACCUCCACUGUGGGGCUCUAUAGGUCUUCUGAUGUGAUUUAAUGACAUGGACUCAGAACAUCCAUUAUGACACCUCCACUGUGGGGCUCUAUAGGUCUUCUGAUGUGAUUUAAUGACAUUGACUCAGAACAUCCAUUAUGACACCUCCACUGUGGGGCUCUAUAGUAAUAUAAUAAUAAUAUAUCCCAUUUAGCAGACGCUUUUGUCCAAAGCGACUUACAAGUCGGCUGGGGCAACUACUUUUGCAUAUGAGUGGCCCCAGUGGGAAUCGAACCCACGACGCUUGGCGUUGCAAGCGCCAUGCUCUACCGACUGAGCCACACAGGACCAUAUAGGACCUAUAGGUCUUCUGAUGUGAUUUAAUGACAUUGACUCAAAACCUAAUGUCGUUGUUUCUCUAUGAACAAUUCUAACCAUCAUUUAGGAGAGAAAAAACCCAGAUUUUAUAGCCCCCCUUAGUUGUUUAUGAAUUAACUGUUAUUUGACCAGGUAUAUUGACAGAACACAGUUCACUACUUUCUGAGUAGCAGUGAAGAGGAGAAUGUGCCUACAGUGAGGGAAAAAAGUAUUUGAUCCGCUGCUGAUUGUGUACGUUUGCCCACUGACAAAGAAAUUAUCAGUCUAAUUUUAAUGGUAGGUUUAUUUGAACAGUGAGAGACAGAAUAACAACAACAAAAAUCCAGAAAAAACGAUUAUCAAAAAUGUUAUAAAUUGAUUUGCAUUUUAAUGAGGGGAUCAAAUUGUUUUUUCCCUCACUGUAUUUGAAAGCUAGAAAGAAAUGAGUAGCUGAAGGCAUUUCUAGCUCUUAUGCUAGAAAAGGUUGGAGACCCCUGCUCUAUGAUCAGCUAAUCUAGGAUGGGUGGAGUCUUCAUUUACAGAGUGGGAGGGGCUUUAUUUAUGACAUCACCCCCUGACUAAGCACUCGGCCAAUCCCCUUCUUCCCCUGGACAUGUUAUUAUUUUCUAACCUGUUAACAAACAUUCUGAACAGGAAAUGUUGUGUAUUUACAUGACAUCAUCUGAAAACAAGUGAAACGCACAAAGAAGUGAAGCUGGAUGUACCGUUGCCAUGGGAAUUAUUGCUGAAUAAAGUGAGUCAAAAUGA